GUGGGGCCCCGUGGGAGUCCCACCUCAAGCCGGCCGAGCAGGGCUGGCGGAGGAGGAGCGGCGACGGCGGAGGAGGAGGAGGCGAAGACCGGGGGAGUUCCGGGGUUGCCGAUCCUCGCGCGGAGCGCUUGCAAGCAGGAGGGACCGCGAACCCGCAGCGCUAGAAGAUGGCGGAGACUUUGGGGGUCUCUGAGAAGAUGACCGUCUUCCGCCAGGAGGGGAGCGUCACUUACCGCAUCCCCGCUCUGCUCUACCUGUCUUCGGAGUCUACCUUCCUGGCCUUUGCGGAGGAGCGCACCUCACCCCGCGACGAACAUGCCAAGUUCCUGGUCAUGCGACGUGGACAGAAAGAGGGCUUGUCCGUAAAGUGGGGUCCCCUGCAGACUCUGGAGACCGCCGUGCUACCCAAGUAUCGCACCAUGAAUCCGUGUCCGGUAUACGAUGCAAAAGAAGACACCAUUUUCUUGUUCUUCAUCUGUGUUCUCGACCACAUCACAAACAGACACCAGAUCUGGAGGAGCGAAAACGUCACCAGGCUGGGCUACAUCUUCAGCAAAGAUGGUGGACGCACCUGGAGCCCAAUGACGGACUUGACCGAAAAGGUGAUUGGAGGGGAUAUGAACAAGUGGGCCACGUUUGCCGUGGGACCAGGCCACGGGGUGCAGCUGAGCUCCGGGCGGCUGGUCGUCCCGGCCUACGCUUAUUACAUCCACACACGGCUGUUUGGACGCCCGCUCUGCUGCGGCACUAAACCUCACCCCUUCGCCUUCUACAGCGACGGUGGUGGGAAGACGUGGCUGAAGGGCCACCUUCUCCAAAAACCACUGCUGGCGUCGGAGUGCCAAAUGGCCGAGGUGGUGGACCGGAAUAAUAGCUCAGUGUUAUAUUGCAAUGCCCGCAGCCAUGACCGAUACCGUGUGGAGGUCUUCAGCAAAGAUGGUGGGUGCCUUUUCGAAGCCCCCUUCCGAUCUCGGAAUCUGCAGGAACCACCCCAUGGUUGUCAAGGUAGCGUGGUAAGUUUUCCUUCACCGCAACUGGGGUCUGAGUCUCCUUUAGCCUCUUCAAAGACCCCCGAAUCGUGGCUGAUCUUCUCCCAUCCCACCAACCGAAAGACACGUGCGGAUCUGGGCAUCUACUUGAAUCCGUGUCCGUUGGAGGAGAAUUCCUGGAAGACGCCCUGGAUCUUGAACACGGGACCCAGUGGCUACUCAGACCUGGCUGUUUGCACAGGGGAAGAUCCUCUCUCUUUUGGCUGCUUGUUUGAAUGUGGAGCGUCGACGUCCUACGAAGAGAUCGCCUUCCGGUUGUUCAGUGGUGCAAAACUCCUGAAAACCCGGAAUGCAUCCACUGCAGAAAAGAAUUAACUCCCUCCAAGCCGCGCCACUUUGGAAAAAGUGCAAAAAAGAGCAACUAAAAUGAUUAAAGGCCUGGAGACAAAAAUAUGUGUUGGAGGAUUUGGGUUUGGCUAGUCUAGAGAAAAGAAGGACUGGGGGGGACAUGAUAGCAGCAGUCCAGUAUUUGCCACAAAGAAGAGGAGGGUCAACUUAUUCUCCAAAGCCAAUGAAGGCUGGACCAGAAGCAACGGUUGGAAACUCACCAAAGAGAGAAGCAACCUGGAAUUAAGGAGCAACUUCCUAACAGUGAGGACAAUUAACCCGUGGAACAGCUUGCCACCAGAAGUUGUAGGUGCUCCAUCACUGGAGGCUUUUAAGACGAGACUGGACAGUCGCUUGUCUGAAAUGGUAUAGGACAGUGAUGGCUAACUUUUUUUUCCUCGAGUGCCCAAAACAUGUGCAUGCGCAAUAGCACACAUGCGUGUGCCCACAUCCAUAAUGCAAUGCCCCCCCACACGCCCCGCCUCCCUGCGCAUGCACGGCCAAUCCGCCCCCCGUUCUCCCCACCCCCCAUGCAUGUUCUCCGCUCCCCCAGGCGCCCCGUUUUGGGCCUAGCAGGCCUCCCUGAAGUGAGACCAUGGGGAUGCUGCAGUGGUCAUAAGUGUGAAAAACGGUCACUAGUCCUUUCUUUAAGUCAGGGGUGAAAUCUAAAAAUUCUCCCUACCUGUUGUGUGGGCGCGGCUUAAUUUGUGGGUGUGGCUUGGUGGUCCGAUGACUGGGUGGGUGUGGCCAAAAAUAAUAAAAAUAAUAAACAAAGUGCACAAAACAAUAAGAGGUACCAAAAACCAACUUUCACACACACACAACACAACACAACUGACUCACACACACAAUGUAAAAGCAGCUGCACUUCACCCAAAAUGUGCCACAAAAAGCUCAAAAACCAACUUUCACACUUUGCACACACACAACAGACUCACACACACACAAAAUGCCAUAUACAGUGAGAUUUUAUGUGUUUGUGUAGUUAGAGUGAAACACACCAAAUCUCAGAAAGCUGCACAAAUAUUUUAUUAUUUUAUUUUAUUUAUAUUUUUAGAUACAAGCAGCUAAAUUUAAAACUUCCUUAACAUUAAAUUGCUAUGUCUAAAAACAAAACUCCUUAAAAAAACCCCCAAUUAACUAUUUUUUUUUAAAGCUCCCCCCAAGUUACUUACCCAAUUGAAGGGACAAGGCAGGCAGAUUGAGUUGCUCAUCGAUGAGAUGGGUUGCAGGCAGGCAGAUUGAGUUGCUAGCUGAUGCAAUUGAUUGCAGCGGCCGAAGCAAGGCAGGAAAAGUGAGCGAGCCUGAAAGAAGCAGCGAGCUGCCAAGUAGGCAAGUGGGGACCGGACGAUUGGGUG